AAAAAAAAAAAAGAAAAUGUCAGUAAUCGAAGAGAGCUGGCGCGAGGUGACGGCCGGCCUCGAUGCCGAGGUCUGUGACGCCUGGCUGGGCCGUGUACAGGAGGGUUACUCCGAUCCCAAACGCACGUACCACAAUAUCGGCUCUUUGAGCGCGAAAAUCGAGCGGUACGCCGAUGUGCGCGACAACUUGAAAAACCCGAGGGCGGUACUGUUGGCGAUAAUUUUUCAAAAUCUCGAGUACGAUCCCAAGGCGCUGGACGGGGAGAACAAGAACCUCGAACACUUCAACGCUUUCGCCGUCGAAGCUGGCAUACCACCUGACUCGGAGCUCCUGGCGGAAACCCAGGCAUUGCUGCAGGCCGCAACGACGCACAGCACCGAGGCCCAUAAAAUCGACGGGGCGUUUGGCGGCGAAGAUGCGCAUUAUCUACUGGAUUUGGACAUGGCGGUGCUUGGCUCUGAUCCGGGCACUUAUGCCGAGUACAGGGAAAAGAUACGCGGCGAGUACACGUUCCUCAGCGAGCCCAUGUACACUGCUCUCAGGCUCAAGGUGUUACAGAAUUUCCUGACCAUACCCAAUAUUUUUGCAACGAAGGAGUUCCGCGAAAGAUUCGAAGACCAAGCCCGAGCGAACAUCCAGUCGGAGAUCACAAUUUUGUCAUAAAACAACUAUCUCUCGCGUACACUCAUAGCCUCGCGAAAAAAAUAUAAAUCGAUGAUAAGGAGAAAACUCGCUAUAUACCUGUUACAAAUUAUACCUUCGAAGCCUGGCGUUGUGAAAGUGACAACUGUUUUUUCUUUCAACACCAUGUCACAAAUUUUUAGUAAUUGUUAUAAUUGAGACGCAAAUGCUUUUCAAUGUUUGUACAAAUGUGUCGAUGGUCAAUGUAUGUGUCAAAGCGAAUAUUUAAAACGAUUAAGAUAUAUUUUUUUUUUUUUUAGUGGAAUCAAAAAAAAACAGAUUUUAAAUUGAUGUGUCAACAUUAUUUACAUUCAAAAAAAAGUAUAAACAUGUUUUAAACAAAAACUAUAUUUUUUCACGUCCAAACACAAGAUGAUCGAAUAUUCGUACAUGAAAUAUUUGUUUUCUUCAGCCACUCAAGAGUAAACAGUGGAAAAAAAAUGUUUAUUGGCUUGAUUUUUCGUGCGUAUUGUUAGAUGGGUAAUUUUGAAAGAAUAAAAGAUAAAAGGAAACUAUAUUAAAAAAAAAAAAAAUUAAGGAUGCAAGUUAGACUGAAGAAAAACCAACCCCCAGAGAACUGAGCCACGGAAUCCCUGGAAAAUAUGUAUCGAUUUCGUGACAUGUGUAACCAAUAGUUGAAUUAACGUAUAAA